AUGUUUAAAUCUUCAAUGAUAGAGAAAGAAAAAGAUCUAAAAUGUGCUAAUAAACACAAAUAGCCUAUUCUUAUGGUUGUAUUAGAUCCAAAGUUAGAAUUAAAUUAGAGACUUUUGUGUUAAGAUUGUAUAAAGAACUUUACAACUUAAUUUUCAACAAUGGGAUAUGAAUUAGUAACAAAAUAAAUAAAGAAAAAUUAAAAAGAGAAAGUAGAAACAAUAGAGAAAACUAUUUAAUUGAAUAUAAAAUAAAUAGAAGAACUUUUAGGUAAUAUCCAUAAAUUGAAGUCAGCAAUAGCAUUUUAAUUAGAUGAAAUAAUUGGAUAUAGUGGUGGAUGGAUAAAAAACUUAUUGUCUGUUGGACAUGAACAUUCUUAAUAUAGUUUUCAUAAAGAAUUAGAAAAUUUAAUUUAAAAAUAAUUAGAAAAUUAAAUUGAUAAAUCUUUAUUAAUGAAUGAAAUCUAUAAAGUUAAUAGUUUUUGGAAUUUAAAAAUAAAUGAAAAAUUGGAAUAAUUUAGUUCAUUUAAAAUAUAUUAAAAAUGUUAGGAAAUUCUGUCAAGUUUAGGUUAAAAUAUUUAAGUAAAAGAAGAAGUGAUUCAUUAAUAAAAGGUAUCAUAAUAAAAUAAUUUAUAAACUCAAUUAGAAUAAUUUCAUGAAUCAACUUCUACUGCUAAUUAAAAGUAAUUAGAUAGUUUAAUUACACUUUAAUUAAUAGAUGAUUCAAUUAAACAAAAGACUAAAUGUUAUGCAAUAGCUUUAAAUAAAAAUGGAACUUAAAUGGUAUCAAUGAGUAAUUCUGAUCUAAAAGUAUGGAAUAUUAUUGAUGGAAAAAUUAAUUUAGAAUAAACAUUAUAAGGACAUAGUAAUUUUAUCUAUUGUAUAAUUUACAGUAAAAAAUAAGAUAGUUUUAUUUCAUGUUCAAACGAUAAAACAAUAAUAGUAUGGAAAUAAAUUAAAUAAAAUGAAUGGAAAGGAUCAUAAUAAUAUAAAGAACAUAAAGGAUGGAUUGGAAGUAUGAUUCUAAAUAAAAAUGAAAAUUAAUUAUUUUCAGCAGGAGAGGAUUAAUAAAUAAUAGUAUGGUAAGUAAAUUUUAACUAAAAUGAAUUAAUAUAUCUUUAUUCACUAGUAAGACAUAAUAAUUGUAUUAGAGCAAUAAGCUUAAAUGAUUGUGAAAAUACUUUAGUAUCUUGUGCAGAUGAUUAAUAAAUAAUAAUAUGGGAAAUUGGAUAAUCAGAAAAGUUUUAAUUUAAGUAAGUUAUUACUUCUGUUUUUAACUCUUCAGGUUGUCAUAUCAAAUUUAUAAAAGAUAAUUUAUUUAUUUGGCUACCCUAUUCUAAAGAAUUAAAUUUUAUUUCUUUAUUUCAAUCAAAAGAUGGAGUAUUUUAUGAAGAUAUUGAUAAUAGAAUACAAUUAGCUAAUAACAGUAAGAAUCUUGGAUGUGCCUUAUUUCCUAUUAUUUAUUUGAAAGAUAAAAAUGUAUUAUUUAUUAGAUCUAAAAAUAUUAUAUAUAUCUUGAGGGAAACUAAUGGAAAAUUUAAUAUUCACAAUGAGAUAGAUUGUGGUACUAAAUGGAGUUUUGGCACUGUUUCUGAAAAUGGAAAAUAUUUAGUAUUUUGGGAUGAUUAAAAAGGAGCUUACUCAUCAUAUGAAUUAUCAUAUAAAUGA